AUGAAGUUCUUAUCACAUACAAGCAGGUACAUACAGGGCCAAGAUCAACAGGGCAAGAUAACAUGCAGACUAUGUAGUGACCAAAAGGCGUCCAUCUGCGAGACGCGGCCUGGUUCCAAGGCCUACAGUGGUUACGUGCAUAUCCCGGCCAACAAGACGGCCGACAUUGGAGGCUUCGACAUCAAUGCGUAUUUUCUGUAUUUCCAGGCGCGUGAGAGUCCCGAGACGGCACCGCUGGCCAUUUACCUGGCGGGCGGCCCGGGCGAGUCAUCCACAUAUGCGGUUUUCGACAGUGAGAACGGUCCCUGCAUCGUCAACGUGUUUGGCAACGAGACGACUGAGAACGAAUGGUCUUUCAACCAGCACGCCAACGUGCUCUAUGUCGACCAGCCGGUGCAGGCCGGCUUCUCUUACAGCGACCUGAUUAACGGCACCGUCAACAUCGAGGAUGAGGCGGUGAUGCCACAGGUCUUCGAUAGCAGCAACGGGCUCCCGGCCGCCAGCAGAAUAUCUGGCUACGGCACGUUCCCGGGACAGGACGCUGCCAAGACUACCAACACGACCGUCAGCAGCGGUCGCGCAAUGUGGCACUUUGACGAACACUGGCUGACGUCGUUUCCUCCAUAUGCGACGACUAGCGCAUUGGAAGCAGGCAGCAAGGCCAUCAGCGUCUGGGGGAACUCUUACGGCGGCUUCUGGGUGCCCGAGACGGGUGUCCAGCUGAGCCGCAACCUGGAGAGGCUACACGAAGAUCAUCCACUGCACGGCCGCCAGCUAAGGCUCGAAGCCAUCGGCACCACCAACGGCUGCAUUGACUUGGCUACAGCAAUGCUUGGCUACCCCGAGUUCGCCAUCAACAAUACGUACGACGUCCAAUUCAUCUCCGAGGAUCUGUACACCGCCUCGAUCCAGAACAUCACUGGCUCUGGCGGCUGCCUAGACCAGCUUCAGUACUGUCGUGAGAUCGCCCAGGCCGGGGACCCGGAGACCACGGGGGCCAAUGCCACGAUCAAUGAGCUGUGCCAGCUAGCGCUGCUCUCGUGUGAGAUCGUCAUUAAUGUGUUGAACGAGGUCAAUAACGUGUCGGCUUUUGACGUGGCCGUGGCCGAGCCCGACAUCUGCCCCUACUACCUUCCUGUCGAGCAAUACCUCAACAGGGUCGCCGUGCAGCAGCAGCUGGGGGUGCCGCUCAACUUCAGUCUGCUAUCCUACACAGUCGAUAAGGUCUUUGGCUUCGCCUCCUCCUCUCCCUCUCUUUCCUCGUCCACUGGUGAUGCCGCCCGUCAGGCCGGUGUCAAUAACCUCGCGUACCUGCUGGAUCGGGGUGUCCGGGUUGCCUUGAUCUUUGGUGACCGAGAUUACCGCUGUCCCUGGACCGGUGGUGAGCCUACGGCCGAGGCCGUGAUGUGGUCCGGCCAAAAUGCCUUUCUCAAUGCCGGCUACCAGAAGCUGCAGAACCUCCCACCCGAUUCCCACGGAGCCGUUGUUCGCCAGGCCGGCCAGCUCUCCUUCACCCGCGUGUUUGAUGCCGGCCACAGCGUGUCUGCAUAUGCGCCCAACACCGUCUUCUCCAUCUUUAGUCGAACCCUGGCCGGCCUUGACGUCGCCUCUGGCCGCCUUCCUGCCCACGAUGGCUACCACACCUUUGGACCUGCCAACAGCUAUAGCUGGCGUAACACGAUGCCUUCUGGCUGGCCUAUCACUGACAGCUGCAUGGUCGCUGGAAAGUUCUUGCCUGUGGACCCUUGGGUCGCGUUGGUGAGCUCGUAA